CCUGCCCAAAAGCUGAAAGCAUCCAUGUUCUUCUACUCCACAAUGCUGACAAACUUUCUUUUACUUCUCUGUCUGUCAGGGCCAGUUUUUCCCAGAGAACCUCCCGAUGUUGACUGUAUUUUGUUGCAUCUGGAGACCGUUCACUGUACCUGGCACACGACAAUCAACUACACCUUCAAAAGCAGGUUUUAUGGUGAACAUUUCAGUGAAUGUGAACGCUACCUGACACAGGGAAGCAUAAACAAUGGCUGCAUUCAACCCUACUCGGACAGAAGCAACAGGUUCCGCACAUUUUACACACAACUGGCACAUAGCAACAGUACUUUCCUGAAGGAGCACAACCUUGAGAAAAAAGUAAAAUUAAAUCCACCGACCAACGUGACAGUUCAGAAUGGAUCCGACUUGAACCUGUGGUUCUACUGGAAUCAGACCACUCCAAACUGUGUGGAAAAUGAGGUUCGCUACAGAACCAAUUUCAAGAAGUGGGACACUCACAGGGUCACUCCCAGGAAGCAAAAUUACUGCAUCAACUUACCAUCCAGCCGCUCCCGGUAUGAGCUCCAGGUGAGGAGCAAGAUGGAAAAAACUUGUGGGGAGUCUCCCAUCUGGAGCGAGUGGAGCGAGCCUGUGGUGUGGGGAUCCAACAACGGCACUGAAACUGAUCGACCUGAAGCAGGGUAUUCCAUGUUGGUGCGGAUAUUAGUGUACGUUUUGCCCCCUGCCAUACUCGCCCUCAUGGUCAUACUGUUGCUGCAAUACGAGAGAUUUAGAAUCCGCUUCAUUCCUGUAGUACCCAAACCAACCCCGAUCCCGCAAGACAUUGUGGGUUGGCUUCAAAUCUCCAAAAGCCUCAAAGAAGGUUUCAAGACCAGCUACUAUGAACAUGGCUGUCCUGUUCGUGAAUACCAAGGCUCCGACUCUGACAGCCAGUGCUCCGACGAUUCCAUCUCCUUCCUCAACACGGAACCAACCGACGCUCUCUCCAUUGACACCGCCCACUCUUGCUCUAGCGCCACUGUCCCCCCCACCUCUACUAAGGUGCUUUCUGACUAGAAGGAAACUUCAAGUCUAGAGUUGAACUUCCCAUACGCUCUGGAGGGUUAUAAAGUUGGGCUUGCAUCACGGUCUAUAUUGGAAGUGCCUCAGCAGUUUCAAUGCAAAAAGUCUAAGGGUCAGACCAGAAUAAGGAAGUAAAAUCACUGCUUUCCUGUGCUUGCUUGUCAGCUCAUUUCCUUUGACUGCAUGUAUCGCUUGACUUUUUAAAUAAAACUAGUACUCAAGUCACAAA